UCUAACCUCAUCACGUUUGACGAAUUGUCCUUUUGUUCGGCGCGUGAACGUGGUUAAGUUGUACUUUGCUAACGUCUAAUUACAAUUAAACCAAAAACGCCACGAUGGCGAAAUUCGACUUAACGUCUCGUAUAGGUCAAUAUCUUGACCGUCAUUUGGUAUUUCCUCUUUUGGAGUUUUUAUCGGCGAAACAGAUUUACGACGAGGAUGAGUUAUUACAAGCAAAACUUGAUAUUCUCAGCAAGACAAACAUGAUUGAUUACACUAUCGACAUUAGGAAGCAGCUUUAUCCUAAUGUAGAAGUGCCAGAGGAGAUAAAAGCUAGACGUGCCGAUGUACUCCAAGAACUCAGUGUACUUCAAAAUAAUGUUGCAGUAGUCUUAUCUCUUAUGAAUAACGAAGAAAUUAUGAAAAAGAUGGAGAACAUGCGUGAUUCCAAAGCGCUUAAUAAUUACCUCACUCAAGAAUCAGAUUUUAGGAUAGAAAUGAUGGAUAGCUUUGUGAAGCUAGCAAAAUAUCGCUAUGAGUGUGGCAAUUAUUCUGUUUCCACAUCGUACUUAUAUUUUUAUAUGCUGAUUAUGCCACCAACUGAUAAGAACUAUUUAAACGUCUUAUGGGGAAAGUUGGCAUCAGAGAUUCUUGUACAAAAUUGGGAAACAGCACUGGAGGAUGUGAACAAAUUGCGAGAAUAUAUUGAUAGUAAUGUCAUUGGCAAUUCAUUGCAAGUAUUACAGCAGCGCACAUGGCUGAUUCACUGGAGUCUAUUUGUGUUUUUCAAUCACGUCAAGGGAAGAGAUCUUAUUAUCGAGAUGUUCCUCUAUCGACCGCACUAUUUAAAUGCUAUUCAAACAAUGUGUCCGCAUAUACUUCGUUACUUGGCUGCUGCAGUUAUUGUCAAUCGUUCCAGACGUUCUAUUUUGAAAGAUCUUGUGAAAGUAAUACAACAGGAAUCUUAUACUUAUCGAGACCCGAUCACAGAAUUUCUUGAACAUUUAUAUGUUAAUUUUGACUUUGAUGGAGCACGACAAAAGUUACAGGAGUGUCAGACUGUUGUCUUCAACGAUUUCUUCUUAAUUGCUCUAUUGAGCGAAUUUGUAGAAAACGCUCGAUUAAUGAUUUUCGAAACAUUCUGCAGAAUUCAUCAAUGCAUUAGUAUUCAAAUGCUCGCAGAAAAAUUGAAUAUGAAGGCGGAUGUAGCAGAAUGUUGGAUUGUGAAUUUAAUUCGUAACGCACGUUUGGAUGCUAAAAUUGACAGUAAAUUAGGACACGUCGUAAUGGGAGGACAACCGGCAUCGCCGUAUCAGCAAUUGGUCGAAAAGAUUGAGACCUUAAGCGUACGAAGUGAGGCACUAGAGAAUCUAAUAGAGAGAAAACUAAAAGCGAAGAAUCAAGACCCAGUAAGUAUAGUGUGGAACUAACGGAGUAUCAACAUUCGUGGAAUUUGGAUUUGUGACAAUUUGAUGCAACAUGGCGAAACAGUGCUCAAAAGAGAUAUUCCCUCUCCGACUAUUAACACUAAUACUAAUCAUACUUUAUAUUGAUGUAUCUUUUCACGAAUGUAAAGAAAUAAUGAAAAUUGAACCAAGAAACAGAUUUCUAUUUGCUAAUAUUGUCAUCCAUGUAACAAAUAAUAAUAAACCUAUAAUAUUUUAUGACAGAAAA